AUGGACUCGUAUCAGCUUUUGAAACGAAGCUGUGAGGAGUGGUCUACGUGGCCGAGUAAUCUGUUACGGCCUGACCAGCGGAGGAACGACCUUGAGAAUUAUCGCUUCGCUUUGGACGCGUCUGAGCGGCAACUUUACCAGGCCAGUACUGAAUAUGUUCAUAUCAUCGAGCCGAGCGAUUCUCCAAAUGGCUAUACCGAGCAGACUAUCGCGAGUCCCAUUGCUUUGCGAAAACAUCUGCAGCAGAACCGCAAAGACCCCCAAUCUUCCCUCAUCUUCGCCUCCUUGUGUUCAUACUACCAAAUCCGAGCCAGCUUCCUGGAUACUUUGUUUUCCUUCGGAUACAGCAAUGAGCCACAAGACUACCAUAUGACUAGUUUCGACAGCUACGAUACCCUCGAGAAUCACCAAUCAAGUAUUCUGGAGAUUCCGCAGCUUAGCCGUUCUGGUUUAGAACAUAGCAUCCAGUAUAUACUACGAUCUAUUGAAAAAAUUCCUGAUGAGGGACGUACGGGGAACACAACGUGGGAUAUUCGUCAGAUGGCUGUUUAUCACAAGUUCGAUUUCAUACAUGGAAAGGCAUUUUGGCUGAUCAUCAAGACCGAUAAUAGCAUGUCUAGAAGGAUGAAAGAAGCAAUGGCAGAAGAUCCGAUCAUUAAUUCCGCGUUGAGUAAGGACAUAUCCGGCUCCUUUGCUGCAACACUGCGCACGCAUCUUGUCCAUCUUGAAUGGUGUGACAAGUCUUCGAGAGAGUACAUCUACGACAUACAUGGCGAGAUCCGGAAGUCGUUGAAGGGUCUCAAGGAGGCUCAAACUGGCAAAAGAUACGAUAUUCACUCGUCGUCGCCAGUAGAGCACGUUGGUAGUGGGAUGCAGCCCAAGACUAUCGAAACUAAUGGUCUACGGCACUCGUUUUCCUGCCGACUAACUGAGGAGAUCGAGGACCUUACAGACCUCGAUAGAUUGCUGUUCAGAGAAUCUGAGAAGCUCGACUCCUACUUUGAGCAACUAGAGACUUUUUCACUGGUGCUACAACUCCACAGGCAGACUUUGCGCGACAUCGCAGAUCAUUACGAAAGCUUGGCUGCGCGCGAUAGUCUGCCGAACGAGAUGGUCACAAGGUCCUUCUACAGCGACUUGGACUCAUUUUCCUACCGGAUAGGUCGCAUCCAAAAGAACUUGUAA